UUUACAGAAGAAAAAUAGAUUCUGGAAAAAAAAGUAAAAGUGGAACGUUCUCGUUUUAUAAAAGAGAUCUUUCUCUGAGCUUUUCCCCUUUUGUGUUUGUGUGCCUAUAAAAUCACAAGUCACAGACAUCUCGCUUUCUCUCACUGACUCUUCCUCGCAUCUUUCUCCGAUCACAUUGCCGAUAACUAGAUCUAUUAUCGGAGCCGCCGCAGCUUAGUGCCUUACCAAGAGAGAGAGAAUGGGUCGUGGAGUUAGUGCAGGUGGAGGGCAGAGUUCUUUGGGUUAUCUUUUUGGGAGCGGAGAGGCUCCAAAGCCAGCCGUUAACAAUGCUCCAGCUGAAACUCAGCCUGCUCCUACUCCUCCUCCUCCUUCUCCAGCACAGCCUAAAACCGAAGCUCCAAAACCUGUUGAUGUCACCAAACAAGGUCCUGCUGGUCUCAAUAGCAACUCUGCAAACAAUUACAUGCGCGCAGAUGGACAGAACACAGGCAACUUCCUCACGGACCGGCCAUCGACCAAGGUUCACUCAGCUCCAGGAGGUGGCUCGUCUCUGGAUUACCUCUUUGGUGGUGGACCUGGUGGUAGCAACUAGCAACUGAGGCCAAGCUGGGUCACUACUCUAUCUUUCUUAAUCCUUUUGUCAUUCUUAUGGAACCUCUUUGUUCCCUGUCCCCAAAAAAAAGAAAGAAAACAAAAAAACUCUGUAUGAUGUCUAAAUUUUAGUAUACAUAUGAGCUUCUUUGUGAUAAAAAAACAUAUGAGCUUCAUAUGUUGUAUCUUUGUAUUUCAAUCAAAACAUUUGUGAUAAGUGAAUGGUAUACCGCUUUUUUCA